AUGGCAUGCUUCUUAAGCUUACCCGCCGAAAAUCGGAUUUCCAUAUAUCAAGAGGUUUUCGGCGCAGGGCAGACCUUCUUCCUCUUCCCCGGCAGAGGCACCCAGGUCGAUGCUCUUGCGCCUACCAAGCCCCGGAGAUGGAGCGCGUUCCUCUUCACCAACCGCCUUAUUUACAGCGAGGCCAGAGAAAUCGUCUACGGCGCCAACCGCUUCGUCCUUGUAGACGUGACGUGCACACAGACUGAGCUAUUGUACAACUUCCUCGGUGGGAUCGGGCCUGCAAACGCCUCCCUGAUCGCACACUUAGCUAUCAGUUUCCCAGUGAUGGACAGGGUAGAGGACCAGGAGAGGGGGUUUAAAUUGAGGGGUGAUGGCCUGCGCGCUUUGGAGCUUCUCCGAGAGCAGUGCACGAGUCUGAAGACGCUGGAAACUCAGAUCCAUCGCCAAAACUCUAGUGGUUUGACGGAAGAGAAGGACUGCGAUCCGGAAUUCGCUCGAGACGCGUUGCCUCGUAUCGACCAGCAGCUGAGAGCCAUCUCAUCGUUGGACCGAGUUGUUGUAGAAGUCUAUGAGAAGGCACUUAUGCCUUCUGUGGAGAGUGCUAUGCAGGACCUUGGCUGGACAGUCAAGUUGAAUUUGUAUACGCUCCUUGACCCUCCUUUGAUAUAG